CUUCUGUUUUAAGGAAAAAUCCCAAUUUCAUUUCUAACAUUCAAGAAAAUAAUAUUGGAAAAUUUAUAACUCCCAAACUAUUGAAGUUGGGACUUUGCGGUGACAAUAUUGUGUUAUGUACGAUAGUGGCUAUACUCAUUUUGAUUUUCGUGAUUCUGUUCAGUCAGGUUCGCAAAAACUGAAGUUUUCAAUAUUUUAGCCUUUAAAAUUCACUGAUCAGAUUUAGAUUUCUCUUCAAAUUUCAAACCUUCAGCUUUUAAGUUGUCAAGAAAAAGAUUUGUUGGUGGAAAAAACUAUUUCCGAUUGGAUAUUUUAUUAUAUUGUACCCAAAAAGUAAACUGUGAAAUUUUCAGUCUGGGAGCAUAAUAUCAAAAGUUUAAUUUCGAAAACUAUAAAUAAAUCAAAGCUACUUCAAUGGAAUCCAGAACACAAUUCUAUUUAAAGUCAUAUAACGAUUUCAUUUCGUAAUUUUCUACUUUCCUACUAAAAAAAUCUAUAGUUGCUGAUAACACCUGACAUACCCCAAAGAUAACACCCUUAUUUAGCAACCCUAAUAAUCAAAUAGUCAUCAUCCAAAUAUCCAAAGAAACAAAUAAAACGAAAGUAUUAAUGAUGUUAAAACAGUAUUCAUGUUGACUGCCUUAUCAAACAUGUUCAUCUUAUUGUGCCUUCCUACAUCAACAUGCAAUCCUUCUUUCGACUAUUCUCAUUUCAACUAUUAUUUCUGAAAAAUACCUCGAAUAUAUUCAAAAAUGCACCUGCAAGAUCUUUUUUGGUACUUACUUCCUCUAGUGCCUGUCAAACUUGUUCAGACUCCACCAUAUGUCUAUAAGAACAUAUCGAUCUUCAUGAGUAUCCCUACUGCAGCAUUUGAAUGCCUGGAAACUGUGAUCAAGGAGACCUUCAGAUACACAGACAGAUCAUUGAUCAGCUUAACUGUCACAGGAAAUCAAGGUGAAAUAGAAGAUUUGCAGAACAAGGUUAUCAGAUAUUUGAACAAAGAAGGAAAUGCUACUUUAAAACUCCUAGGGGAACCUCCACACCCAGAAUUCCAAUCAUCCACCAUAUGCUUCAAAGAAUCCAACCUAACUAAUUCCGAAACAUGCAGAAAAAACUUCGUCCCCAAAGAGUCCACAAAUUUCUUCGUCAUAAUAGCCGGAAACUUGGAAACCUUGGACAGCAGCCUGCACAGCGUCUUCAACUCCACCACUUUCAACCCUUUCGCUGAGUUUCUCCUAUACUGGAGCCACCCUGUAGGGCUUUCCUUGACUGAACUAUUCUCGUUGCUGUGGAAAUAUCACAUGCUGAAGGUGAUCGUGAUCGAGCACGACCUUGAGAGUGACAACUUGGGGGUCCACGUCCUCCAGUUGAAGUUGCUAGGUCCAGGGCUCUGCCUGAAGAAGAGUAGGUUUGUCUCCACUGGGUCUUGCAAGAACUCUGGCCAUCAGACAAGGCUGCGAGCCUUGAUGAGGAGCAGGAUACCCAGGACCUUCAAGAACUGCACAAUAGAAGCCAUAGCUAUGAAAUACGAACCAUUCGUCAUAAACGAAGAUAAGGGUAUCGAGAUCAAGCUCUUGAAAGAGAUGGGAAGACAUAACAACAUCACCUUCUCCAUAAACGUCACAAAGGACGCUAAAGAUUGGGGGGAUAAAGUUAAUGGAACUUGGAACGGUAACUUUGCAGAGAUUAUCAACACCCUCAAGGUUGGUAUCGGGAACGUGGGUCCAGAAGCUGAUAGGUUGGAGGAUUUCGACUUUACCUACAGUUACAAGUCUCCGAUUCUGGUUUGGGUGGUACCCAUAGCUGGCAAUGUUAAAAAAUGGAGGGUGUUGACCAUCAUCUUCGCCCCUUUACUAUGGUCCAUCAUCUUUGCGGUUUUUAUCUUGUUAGCCGGGCUCAUAGUUACCUUCUCCAGGUAUUUCGGGGAUAACCCCUACCUCCAAAGUAUAUCUGGUGGUUUUUUAACCUCUCUACAGCUUCUUAUAAGUUCUUCUGUCUACAAAACACCAACUAUUACAGUUGUACGCUUGGUAUUCCUUGGUGGACUCUUGUUUGGUCUAAUAUUGACCUGCGUCUACUCCAGCUACCUCAUCAACGUCCUCACGAAAGCCGUGAAGGAGCACCAGAUCCAUAACGAACAAGAAAUCGUAGAAUCUAACCUGGUGAUCGGUGGACUCGAGGAGUACCUGGAGAGGUUUCAAAAGUCUGAUAACGACGACUGUUUGGACGACAUCUGCAGGAGGUAUCAGUACUCCAGUGACGAAAACGAUACGGCGAUGUUUUGGCUUAAGAAAGUCGAGGACAAGGAGGCCUGCACUCCUCUUACUAAACUCUUCGUUCAGUAUUACAUGCUGAACAGAUUUGAGGAGUCUAGAGAGGAAGAUAUAGAUUCUAGGGUGAAACGAGUGAAAUUAUUUAUAAUAGACAAGCCAAUCAACUUCUAUUCUUUGGCUGUGGUGAUGAACAAGGGAAAUCCAUUUAGGAGAAGUUUCGAUAAGUUUAUAAAAAAGUUCGUGGAGGCUGGAUUGAUGUACACUCUCACUGUUGAGUUUCAGGACAAGUUUGAAAGGCUGAAGUACUUCAUAAGAAAUGCUGAUCAAGGUCAGGAAAAACUAAGUGUUUACCACGUGCAGGGACCAUUUGCUAUUUGGGGAAUCGGGAACGGCAUCGCUAUUUUGGUCUUCUUUAUGGAAAAUCUAUGGUUUUUCAAAUUGUGUAAAACUUUUCAAAGCGAGAAGUCUAAAGCGAGCUAUAUUGGCAGAGAUCCAAGAGAUAAAAACCUUUAUUACGAUUGUAAAUACGGUAACAUGUAUGGUAGAAAUUAUCCGAAAGAAUUGUCAUAAAGAAAUUCAAUUAAAAUUCUAACUUUUUUAUUCCCAAUUGCCCUUUCUUAUGGUUUACUAUGAU